UUUAUUGUGAAGGCCGCAACCGGAAACAAUUGUUUUUUUCUCAGGAAGCGCGGAUUAAGUGUAGAGGUGUGCUGAAGUCAGUUCGCAUCAAAAUGAGCUCCAUUGGAACCGGAUACGACCUUUCGGCCUCUACGUUCUCUCCAGAUGGCCGAGUGUUUCAGGUGGAGUACGCCAUGAAGGCUGUAGAGAACAGCAGCACAGCCAUUGGGAUCCGCUGUAAGGACGGCAUUGUGUUUGGGGUAGAGAAGCUUGUUCUGUCCAAACUUUAUGAGGAAGGCUCGAAUAAACGCAUCUUCAACAUUGACAGACACGUGGGCAUGGUGGUGGCUGGCCUAUUAGCUGAUGCUCGCUCCCUGGCUGAGGUAGCCAGAGAAGAAGCUUCAAACUUUAGAUCAAACUAUGGACAUGACAUUCCUCUGAAGCACCUGUCAGACCGAGUGGCCAUGUACGUCCAUGCUUACACACUGUACAGCGCUGUGAGGCCGUUUGGCUGCAGUUUCAUCCUGGGCUCAUACGACAAAGACGAUGGUCCACAGCUCUACAUGGUCGACCCAUCUGGCAUCUCACAUGGUUACUGGGGAUGUGCCAUUGGAAAAGCAAAACAAGCGGCCAAGACAGAGAUUGAAAAGCUGCAGAUGAGAGAAAUGACCUGCAGAGAACUGGUUAAAGAAGUCGCCAAAAUAAUCUACAUUGUGCAUGAUGAGGUGAAGGAUAAAGCAUUUGAGCUGGAGCUCAGCUGGGUUGGAGAAGUGACGAAUGGACGACAUGAAUUGGUUCCCAAAGACAUCAAAGAGGAAGCAGAGAAAUAUGCUAAGGAUUCUCUAGAGGAGGAGGAUGACUCUGAUGAAGACAACAUGUAAAUGGAGCGCUGGCCCCGUUCAUCUUCAUCACAUCCUGCUACUCGGACACAUCGGAGCUUUUUUUUUAAUAUUGUUUGAGCUUUCAUGUCUUUGGUUUUGCAUUCUUAGCUUUGAGCUUAAAUAAAGAAAAUUAACCCAA